ACGUGUCCCCUGCCUGCGUCAGCUCGUCGUCACGGUUCCGGUUCCCGGCGCUCCGCAUGUCGCGUCUGAAGAGCACGCUGGACUCGGUCUCCAAGGCCGUCAGCGGCACCGUCAGCGGCACCGACAUCCUCAACAAGAUCUCACGCCUCAAGCCAGGCGGUGCCCCCGUCACCGUGGGUGCCAGCGCAGGGGCGGGCAGUAAAGGGGGCGCCGUGGAGCUCCACGCCAGCGUCACCGCCAACAUCACGGCCGCCGCACAGGAGCCCGCCGCCGCUACCGCCACCGCCACCGUCGUCAUGCCACACGCCGUUACCAUGGAGACAGCGGAGCAGGAGACCAGGAGGAGGGAGGAGGAGGAGCAGCAGGAUAGGAGCACAGCACCUGAACAGGAGGAGGUGCCUCAUGUCCAGGUGAGAGAGAAGUCUAAAGGGGGCGUGUCCUCCCAGCCAGGUGUGUCGUCAUCCUCCUCCUCCUCUUCCUCCUCCUCUUCCUCCUCGGCUGCCAAACAGACUCUGCAGCGUUUCCAGCCCUCCGCCUUCUCCUCUCAGCUGGACGAGACCUACUCCCACCUGGCACAGCACGUACACGCCUACUUUGGCACAGAGCCCGCCCACCUGCACCAAGCCACCAGUAAGGACACAGACCAGGACAGACAGGCCAAUGGGGAAUCGGCAGACCGCCACAGGUCAACCAAUCAGGACGUCAGUACAGGGUCACCCAGGCCACAGGUCCACCAGCCGUCACCACACAGGGAGAGCACACCGCUACCAGUGCUGAUGCCAGUGGCUGCCAAGAGGCACCCAGACUCACCUGAGACUCCGGGGGCCCCCCUACCUGUCGAGGCCCCCGCGCCCACCCCAGCCUCCUCCGAGGCCCCAACCCCCGCCUCUUCUGAUGCCCCCCCUGCCCCCCCGGCCGACUCUCCUGCCCCCCCCUCCCCCAGGAAGGGCAUCAGCCAGUACCUCUCCUACCACCGACCCAGCGUACAGAGUUUUGUGGGCAGCUACUUUGCCCCCCUGGUGCCCAAGUUCCGCCCGGACGCUCAGAGUGCUGCCAUAGCAACGGCUGAGAAGGAGAAAUCCAAGAUGGCCGCCGCAGAUCAGGCUGCUGUCGCCACGGAGACGCCAGAGAAGAGUCCAGAAGAGAAGGAGGCGGAAGCCAAAGCAAAAAGACUACUGACACAGAGGGAACGAAUCAUCGCGCGUGCGAGCGUGGACAACAGGACGCGGGCGCUGGUCAACGCCCUUCAGAAGGUCACAGAGGUCAAGGUGACGACCAGCAGAGUGGAGGACCUCAGCUACCACCUCAUGGAAUUCCCAGAGACCAGAGGGGUCGCCAUCAAGGAGCGUGUGAUCCCCUGCCUGUUGAAGCUUCGCCAGGCGUCAGAUCCAGAUCUGCAGGCCGCCGUGCGUCAGGCCCUGGCUAUCGUGGGCUACACGGACCCCCCCAGGGGGAGGGGCAUACGGGUACUCAGUAUAGACGGAGGAGGCACCAGGGGUCUGGUGUGUCUUCAGACUCUGCGUCGGCUGGAAGCUCUAACUGGGAAACCCAUCCACCAGCUGUUCGACUAUAUAUGUGGCGUUAGCACAGGGGCGAUCUUGGCGUUCAUGGUGGGCGUGUUCCAGAUCCCUCUGGAUGAGUGUGAGCAGAUGUAUCGUCAGCUGGGCUCGGACGUCUUCAAACAGAACCUCAUCGUCGGAACCAUGAAGAUGGGCUGGAACCACGCCUACUACGACAGCCAAACAUGGGAGAACAUAUUGAAGGACAGGACCGGUCCUAGCCUCAUGAUCGACACGUCCAAGAACCCAAACUGCCCCAAGGUGUCAGCGGUGAGCACGCUGGUGAACCGCGGCCUGCCCCUGAAGGCGUAUGUGUUCCGGAACUAUAACCUGUUGCCAGGGAUACGCUCCCACUACCUGGGGGGCUGUCAACAUAAGAUGUGGGAGGCGAUACGAGCGUCGUCAGCAGCACCGGGAUUCUUCCAGGAGUUCAUGUUGGGAAACGACUUACACCAGGACGGUGGUCUGCUCAUCAACAACCCCACGGCGGUGGCGAUUCAUGAGUGUAAGAGCCUGUGGCCGGGCGCCCCUCUGCAGUGUGUGGUGUCUUUGGGGACGGGACGCUACGAGACGGCCGGCAAACACACACACACACACUCCUACACCUCCCUGAAGGCCAAGAUCACCAACGUCAUCAGCAGCGCCACCGACACAGAGGAGGUGCACGCCAUGCUGGACGCCUUGUUGCCGGGCGACGCCUACUACCGCUUCAACCCCUACAUGAGCGAAGACAUCCCAUUGGACGAGAGCCGGCGGGAGAAGCUGAACCAGCUGGUGGAGGAGGGCGGAGUCUAUCUGGACAGGAACGAGGCCAAGCUGAAGAGGGCGGCCAUCUUGCUAGCGCAGGACAGAACGCUGCUGCAGAGGGCUGCUGAUUGGCUGCAGCUGAAGGCAGACAUGUACGAAGGACUCCCAUUCGCUAAACUGUAGCGCUAUAGUCCCGCCCCUUAGACACUUACGAAGGACUCCCAUUCGGUAAGAUGUAACACGAAGGACUCCCAUUCGCUAAGCUAAUAGUAGUCCUGCCCCUUAGACAUGUACGAAGGCCUCCCAUUCGCUAAGAUAAAAUACUGUAGUCCUAUUCCUUAGCAACCCUAACCCCUACCUCUUAGAUACUUGUAGGACGGCCUCCCAUUGGCUAAGAUGUAACACUCUAGUCCCACCCCCUAGUAACGUUGAGUCCGACCCCUAGACAUGUACAACAGCUUCCCAUUCGCUAAGAUAUAGCACUCAAGUCCUAUUAGCUAGUAACCUUAACUCCGCCCCCUAGAGAUAAGUAGCAAGGAUUUCCAUUGGAUAAGCUCUGGCCCUUUUGUCCCGCCCCCUAGCAACCUUCUACACCCCUUAGACCACCCCUAGUCCCUAACCAAUCACCAUUCCCCAAACUCCACCACCCCUAGUCCCUAACCAAUCACCAUUCCCCAAACUCCACCACCCCUAGUCCCUAACCAAUCACCAUUCCCCAAACUAGA